GAUUUGGUAUGCAGAAGCGUGCGUACGCCAAGUUCGUUCCUCCAUAUCAAACAGUCUACUCGUUUCGAACGUAUCGCAUCUCGCUCCGACAUACGGCCAUCACUCUUAAGCGGAAAAGGGACAAACCAUCUGGAUCACAACUCCUAGAAUCAGGGUACGGUGUCACAAACAACAGAAAAGGCGUUACCGCUUAUCGUUUCUAAAACGCCUUAACAGCGAAAGACGAUGCUGAGACUUGAGUCCUUUUAGAAUCGACAUUUCAAAAAGGAUUCAUAUCAAAUAGCUUUCCCUUACACUUGGAUAGUGUGCAUGCCAAAAGGACGCAACCGCCCGUUCGUCGCGUACCAAGAGAGACAAUGCGUACCGGAACUGCACAAUACGUGCUGAAUUUGAAAUAGCUGUAUAAAAACCGAGGGGACCUUAGCGAAACUAUCAGAAACUAUCCAUCCAUCGUUCAAUCAACACCAGUAGGAAUCAGAAAAAAAUGGUGUCCAGUAAAGUGGUGUGUUUGGUCGCCCUCGCCCUCUUCGGGAGCGUGGCAGCGCAACCAGCCAAGGAUGCCUUCUGGAAGGGAACCCCUAUGGACAGCAUGGUCGAGGAGAUGAGGUCCGGCUGCGCCGAAGGAUCCGACCCAACUGCCUGCAUCAAAUACAAGGUCAUGUCGCUACUGGACUCCAUUUUCAAGAAGGACACUUUCCAGAUCUCUGAUGUUGUCGAAGUGACGAAGAACGGCGCUGGCAACGACGUGACUGGCCGAUCCACUGGCGACUUCUUCGACGGGGUCGAGAACUACAUUCAGUCCCACGACGUGACCUUCAAGCUGCCAAUCGCCGACACUCAGAUCACCGUCAGCCCGAGGAACCUUGACAACGACGAGUUGACCCUCAACGUCAAGUUCAACAAGGAAGGCGCUCGUUCAGUUGGAGAAGCACGCAAAGCUAAGCUCAAGAAGAUCAUCGUCCCCAUCCUGGUGUUCGUUCUGCUCAAGGCCAUGACCCUCAUCCCAUUGGCUAUCGGUGUCCUCGGUCUGAAGGCUUGGAACGCUCUUCAGCUGUCUUUCUUCUCCUUCGUUGUCUCCGUGGCUCUGGCUAUCUUCCAGCUUUGCAAGAAGUUUACCCAGAUCGCGGCCGACAACUCGCACCCUCAAAUCGCUGCCCACGGUCCUUGGGACGCCGCCUACGCAGCAACCCGCCACAGGAGGGAGACUGAACCCCAGGAGCUCGCCCAAGAAAUGGCAUACAACGCUUACCAUUAGACCGAAAACACGAACCAAAACCAUCGAUCUUCCAUCCCGAAACCGUCCGCAACUGACGCUGUAAAAAAAUUCAGUCUCAACUGCGAACGGUGCAAGACCAGACCAAAAAGGUUUCGAUAGAAGCCGUUACCGUGUAAAUAUUAUUUAAAUGCGACUUAUUUAUUUAAAAUAAUUAUGCAUGUGUGACUGUGUGAUUGUGAUGUAUGACCGUUAUUUAUUUUUUAUUUUUAAUAAAAUCAUUAAUGAAA